GUGUAUACUGUAUACGUAUUAUGUUGGGUAGCGGUGAACUGUGAUGGUACCGGCGCGCGGGGGCUAAACGCUCUCAACGUGGCGGCGCGCGCGCCACUCCACUCUGCUCGUCGAACGCCGCGCGCAGUUGUACUCGUCGUACCCGCCGAGAACCCGUCGCCGCCGCCGACGACGACGACAGCAGCAAGCAGCAGCAGCAGCAGUCAUGGCCGCCACCUGACCGCAACCCCACUGCGCGCGCGUACGGUACAGUGGAAGAAAAACUCGAGAAAAUCGGCUCGUCGUUUUUUUUUCUACCAUUUUAGAUUUUCCGUUUAUCUGUGUAUCUCUCCCUCACUCCCCUCUCACUCUCUCUCUCUUUCUCGCGGGACGCGAUUUUUCCGAAAACGAAUAUUGUUCCGUCCGCCGCCGCCGACACAACAUCGUCGCUCAGUAUCGUCUGCUUACGCGUGUGCAACUGUUCGUCGUCGUUCGUCGCGUGAAAUCGGUUCGCACUUCGUUCGGAUCUCCUCUCGGCACACGCACGCUCGCUGCACCGGAUAUAUGGAUUAACCGCGCGUGUAUAAUAAUAAACGUGAAUUUUCCGAGCGUAUUUUUCCAUCAAGUGUUGUGAUCAAAAUUUGAUACACGUGGCAAAAUAUUAUUAAAAAUUAUUUACAUGAAUCAUAGUGAACAUGUCACAAAACAAUGGACAAUCCCAGAGGUUUUGCCUCCGAUGGAACAACCAUCAAUCCAACUUGCUUGCUGUUUUCGAUCAACUAUUGACGAGCGAGGCAUUUGUAGAUGUGACAUUAGCUGUCGAAGGUCAAAUGCUUCGUGCUCACAAAAUGGUUCUUUCUGCAUGCAGUCCUUACUUUCAGACACUUUUUGUUGGACACCCUGAUAGACAUCCAAUUGUAAUACUCAAAGAUGUUCCACUAGUUGAUAUGAGAUCUUUAUUAGAUUUCAUGUACAGGGGCGAGGUAAGUGUUGAUCAAGAUAGAUUGUCAGCUUUCCUUAAAGUUGCAGAAUCAUUGCGAAUCAAAGGUUUAACUGAGGUCAAUGAAGAUCGUGGAGACCUACCCUCGUUAGCUUCUUCUCUUCUUCAGUCCCACUCAUCGUCUCCGUCCUCUUCACCAGUACACAACAACCAAAUGGCUCAUGUGCCUCAACUCCAACGCAUACAUAACCAUAGUCCUCUACCUAUGAAAAGGCCACUGCCAUCUCAUCCGCUUCACGAUCAACAGCGUCAACAUUUGUCAUACCCGAUGAACCCGCUAUUAGGAUCUGCUCUAACUGCACCAAAAAGGAAACGUGGACGCCCCAGGAAAUUAUCUACAGGAAGUAACUCACCUUCACGACCAAAUGACAAUAAUAAUGAUGAUAGUAGAGCAUCUACACCAGUUGGUACAAGUGCAGGAAGUGGCCGUGAUCCACCAGAUUUGUUAGAAUUGAACAUGUCUGAAGAAUCAGAAUCUGCUGCAGCUGCUCCUAGACAUUUGGAUUCUCCAAGCCAAGAUGAUAACGAAGACAUGGAAGAAGAGUAUACAGAAAAUGGAAUGGAAAUCAAACAAGAGCCUAUUGAACCAGUUCCAGGAACAUCCCAAGAUUUAAGUACAGUGAAAAAAGAAUAUGACACUCAUCCUAGUAUGCAGUUAGACCAAAGCGCAUGUGACAUGCACAAUGCGAACAUGUUAAAGUUGUUUUCUUCGCGGACUGAUCACGAACACCACCUUCACCUCCACCAAACAGCGGACGGUGGAGAUCGGGACAAUAACAACGACGCUCGCCUGACGCUGGCGGCCAGCUGGUCGGUGAUGGCAGCCGAUCAAAAGUCCAAGUUCUCGCUGGCCGUGUCCCAGCACACGUCCGGCUACAAGCAGCAGCUGCAGGCGGCCCUCGACGAGGAGAAGCGGCAGAUGCAAGAGUCGCAGCAACAACUACACCACCACCAGCAGCAGCAGCACCAGCAGCAACAGGCGGCUGCGGCAAUCGCCGCCACCGCCGCGGCACUGAGGACGCCCGUCAAGCGGCGCAUCCGGCGACGGGCCACGUCGUCCAGCGACCCGGCCGAGCAACUGACCGAGAUGUCGGUCCGCGGCCUGAACCUGUUCCGGUAUGCCACCGUGUCCGAAGGCAUCUACAAGUGUCUGGAAUGCGCCAAGACGGAUAUACUGAAGACGUUCAAGAACAAGUACAGCUUCCAGCGGCACGCGUUCCUCUACCACGAGGGCCACCAGCGCAAGGUGUUCCCGUGCCCGGUGUGCGCCAAAGAGUUCUCGCGGCCCGACAAGAUGAAGAACCACAUGAAAACAGUACAUGAGUGCUACAUGCCAAAGGCCAUCGAAUUCCCGCAGGUGCCGUUCCUAUUACCACCAUGAGAUAGUCGUCGCGCGGCGUCACCGCUGCAUGACGUGUGAGUUACACACACAAGCACAUACAUACACACACGUCUGCGGUGGCGAGUGCCUUUUGGGGGGGGGGGGGGGGGGGAGCGAGACCUACGCCACCACUAUUUUAGCGGAACGCCCUGCCGAAUGGUAUAUUUAUAAUACUAUCAUAUUAAAUUUCUACGAACACGUUUUUUUUUUUCUCCGCAAAGGUUUAGCAUUUAUUAUAAAGAAAAAAGCGUCAUAAUAUUGUAAACGUUUUUUUUUUAUUAUUAUUACUAUUAUCAUAUUUUUAUUUAAUUAUUUUUUGUUUCAUCGAGUCUUCCGGAUAAUGUUGAAUUUUAGAUUAUAUAUGUUUCUUAUAUAAAUUACACUCCCAGAUAGGGACUACUAUAGUUUUAACCAAAAAAUAAAAAGAAAAAAAACCACCUCGUUGAUCAUAUUAUAUUAUAAAAUAGUGAAUCUAUUUUUAAUUUUCAGACAACCGCGCCGACUCGUCGAUAAUUGUAUAUAUUUGAAGUUAUGUGUCCGUUUUUAUCGGCUACAUUUUUUGUUUGAAAUUUUUUUUUCAUAUACCUAUACCUCUAACGUUCGCUCUAUUUUUACACGUUUUUCGAGUAUGCGCGUUUAUAUUAUUACCAAAUUAUUAUUUUUUUUCUUUAUUUUUGAUAUACUUAUGACAUGAUCCGAAUAAAACGCAUUAUGAACGCAUUCAAUUAUUAUUUCCACUGUAAAAAGUGGUACGUUGAAAAUUGUAUUUUGAAAAAUAUUUGGCGAUCGAAACGAUUUCCUCAGAAAUAUUAUUUAACCCUUGCUCGGCGAACGAGUGAAACGACAAUCAGAUUUUAUACUUACAGCAAUAACAAUUUACGUACAUAUAUAUUUUCCAUACGUCCUAAGAAGUUGAAAAUCAUAGCAGCGCCUGGUGCUUUUUUAAUUUUGAUUAGUUGUUUAUUAUUUGUUUUGAGCUGGUUGUAGGGUGGUAUUGUGCAAUAUAAUUCCAAAAAUAAAUAUUUUUUUAUAAACCGUAUAGUUGAUUUUUUUACCAAAAUAUAUAUUUUACAAUAUUUUAUUCGAUUAAUUUUAUUUAUACAUUGCGGUCUGCAAAAAUCAUACACAAUCAAUUCAAAAAACGUUCGACUGAAUUAGAGUUUGACGAUUAUUUUACGGUUUUUUUUUUUUUUAAACCAAAUAAGGCCAGUUAGUUAUUGAGACUGAAUACUAUAAUGAAUAAAAAAAAAAAAAAUAAAGUAGGAUAAACUUCUCAAUGUUCUGGAAAACGACAAUAAUAUGUUCUUUUCUCCUUUUAUUUCCCUAAUUAUAUAUUGUACAAAAUGAAAACGUUGUUUUCUUUUCACUUUUUUUUUUUGUAACAAUCAUUUACAUCAUCAACUAUAAUAAAAUAUUAGGAAUUAUAUUUUAAUUACAAAUUUUAUUAUUACUAUUCGAAAUAUAGAAUAUAUAUUUUUUGUAAAUUUGUACAGAGUAUAUUAUUAUUAUUAACAAUAUUUGAUUACAAUUAUAUAUAAAUUUAUUAUAUAUCAUUAUUUAUUUUUGUUAUAUAAUAGGGGGACACCGUAGACAAUUAGUUAUCAUUAAUAUUUUUUUUUAUUAUUAUGAUUAUUAUUAUAAUUAUUAUUUUUAUUACUUUUAUUAAAACCGUGCAAUUCAUCCACUUUAUAUUAUUAUGUUUUAAUUGUUUAUUUAUUUAAAAAAAAAAAAAAACAAUUGAAUCAAUUUAACCACGGAUUUAUGUGGGUUAUUAUUAAAACAUUUUCGUUAUUUUACCAUUUUAAAACAAAUAUAUAAAUUUAUAUAUUAUCUUCUUAGAUUUUAUUUAAUACAUGUUUACACUCAAUAUUGUAUAUUAAAUUUGUUAAUAAUUUUGAUUAACCACUGUUAGCCCCAUAGUUAUUAAUUAUUAUUAUUGUAUAAUAUACAUGUUUUAUUUUAGUUCUUAAAUAUUUUAAACAUAAAUUAUCUCAAAACAAAACUUUUGUUACGUUAACGUUUCCAUUAUUUUCAUAUUUUAAUUUAAAUUACUACAAUUAUUAUAAUAUUUUUUUUCUUCAAAAUUGAAAUAAUUUUAUGUUAACAUUUUGUUGUUGCUUUAUUUUAUAUAUAUGAACUUUGUGUAUUUUUUUUUUCUAUUAGUCGUUUUGUUAUGUUUUCCUAAGUAAUAACAAUUUUUUUUUUAAUUUUCAUUCCUAAAUCAUGUUUUUUUUUUUUUGUCUAAA